GUCUAAAAACAGGGUAGAAGAUAAUUUGAUGAUAUUUUUAUUCUAGGGUUGACAGUGACACAGGGCCUGAGGAUGAAUAUUGGGGCAGUGACAAAAUUUGUUGUUUUCUACAGCAUGCUUGUGCAGAUAUUCAGCCUAUUCUGUUUUAAUUGCAAACAUGAACAACCAAAAGUUCAAGUGCUGGCAAGAGGCUCAAUGGUAACAGUUGUGCAGGACUGUCUUACCUGUAGCAAGGUUUACAAAUUGGACAGCCAACCAUUUAUUUUUGGGAAGGAUCCUGCGAGAAAUGUGAUGAUGAGCUUUGGUAUUCUCAUGUCUGAAGUUCAAAUAAGCCAAAUACUUCAAGCAUAUGGGUUUAUCUGCCAUUUCUCCAAGGACAUACUUUUACCAUCAGAGCAAGUUGCUGUUUUCUUCUGUUAUCAUGCAAUGGAAAAAGUACCAAAGUGAUCUGAUCAAAAGAUUGCAAAAUCUUAACGACGUGACAUGGUCAGGUGAUGAACGAUUUGAUUCCAUGGGACAUAAUGCCAAAUAUGGAACGUAUACUAUGUUUUGCAAUAGCAUCUCAAAAUUGGUCCAUUUUGAACUGUUACAGGUUUGUACAAACCAGCCAUUGUCAUUCUACCUAGUUUUUUUUCUAAAAUGCUUUAAUUAAGUAGUUAAAUUAAAACUCUAAGAAUGACAGUAAACAUUUGGCAAAUGAUUAUUCAUUAAAAAAAUUUAUCUGUGCCACAAUUUCAGCCCCAUGCAUAUAUAUUUCUCAUUUGCAUCCAUUUAUAUUUUAAAUGUGGUAUAAUGAUAAAAUUCUAAGAUUUAGCUGUCACCACUUUUUAAUGAAGUUGAUAAGAAUAAUUAAGUUUGAAUCCUAUUUAUUUCCAGUCAAACCAAGCUGGUAGUAGUAACAACAUGGAGGCAUUGGGGCACAGCGUGCAUUCAAGUUUAUUAAGGAUAACAAUUUAAACAUAUCCAUAUUUGUCAGUGACCGCCACAGAACCAUUGCCAAAUGGAUUCGUGAAUGUGAACCACAAACAACACAUUUCUAUGAUCUUUGGCAUGUCUGCAAAGGCAUUUCUAAGAAGAUUAGAACUGUGGGACAGGAGAAAGGAAACGAAAUUUUAUUACGUUGGAUGAAGGCAAUAAAGAAGCACCUGUACUGGUCGGCCACUUCAACACAGCAAGGCUUUGGUAAUCUCAUUGUCGCAAAGUGGACGUCUUUGAUCAGGCAUGUUGCUGACAAGCAUGAUAAUCAUCCUAAUGAAAUCUACAAGGAAUGUGCUCAUGAUGAACUAGAGGCACGGGAUUGGAUUUAUGUUGGAACUCAGCCAUAUGACCGUCUGAAAACAAUCAUUCUGAACCAUCAAGUAAUUGAGGAUGUACGCAAACUUUCAAGUGAUGCACAAACCAGCUGUCUGGAAGCAUUUCAUUCCCUCUUAAACCAAUCGCACCCAAAAAUGGUACACUUUUCUUGGCUUGGUACAAAGUGCAGGCAUAUUCUUGCCAUUUGUCAUUUCAAUGAGAAUGUUUUGAGACAGCAAAACCAAUUGCAAGAUGGUUCACUUCAAUACAAUGUUGUGUACCCAAAAUUCAAGCUUGGAGAAGAAGUAGUCAAAGAAGUAGCUGUUCCACCAACAUAUACAAACCAGCAAUACAAACUUAAAGAGGAUGAGCAGCAACAGACGAAUAGCAAAAAGAAACACUGCACAAGCACUUGUUGCAAAUGUCAUCAACCCAUGAAGGGUCAUCCACGAGGAAAAUGUCCUUCACCUGCUUUAUCUUGAUAACCUGUUUGCUUGUUUGAUUUUGUCAUGCUUAUACACUCAGAUUUGAACAUAGUGAAAAAUUUUUACGAAAACCAUAUCAUUUCUACCUUUCAAAUAGAUGUUCUAAUUAUUAGUUCCCUUUUGUGAAAAAGAACCUUAAACUUCCUUUUACCAAGUUAAAAUUUUUCAAAAAAUAACGCCUGACUUUUUCGAUAUUAUAUUCAAACCCGUUCCAGAGAUGACAU